CAGUUUGAAAACAUAUAAAUAAGCCUGUUCUUACACAUUUCACAUUUUCCUCUCCUACAAUCGCAAUAACUGAUAAAACAAACGAAAAGAUGAAAACGGUAUUGCUAGUUGCGAUUUGUGUUGCUCUGGUGAGCGAAAGCUUGGGACAGAACUGCUAUGGACGUUCGAAUGGCAGCAUCAUACCUGACCUUAAGCGGUGUAAUGUUUACUACAGCUGCAACAACGGUGUGGCGAUAUCGAUGAGCUGCCCCAGCGGUUAUCAUUACAAUGCUGGACGACAGAUUUGUGACCGUCCAAUCAGUGCAGGCUGUGUCAUCUGUCCCCCAACCGGAUUCAAAAACAUUCCUGUGGCCGGAGCGUGCAGGAAGUUCAUCCAAUGCGUCCAGGGGGUAGCAACUGAGCGCGAGUGUCCGAAGGGGCUGCUCUUCGACCCCUAUUACGGGCAAUGUAAUCUUGAGCAGAAUGUGAAGUGCCAGCUGUGAAAAUUGUAGUAAUUGAGCGAUAUUGGUAAAUAAAGUAAACAUUUUGGUUAACAGUUAUUUGUAAAUGAGAUUAGACCCAGUAAGGUGCAUCUAAAAAAAUAAUUAGCUGUU